CCUAACAAUUUUUAAAGGGCAAUAAUGUAAUAUAAUCUGACCAACCGGAAGAACCGGUGGACCUGUUCUAGCAAAACCCUAAAAACCCCGUCACUCGUACUUUCGUUGCUCCUCCUGCCGCGACUAUGGCGUCCCCUUCUCUGCUCCCGGUUUCCGGGAUUUCCAGUGAACUUCAGAGUAGAAGAAACGUGUCAUUUAGUAGUUCUUGCGAAGUGGACUCUGAUGUAGGAACUAGCUCAGAAGUUGUAUCUAAUUACAAGAAAAGAAGGACAUCUCAAAACAAUGAUUUUUCUUUGUGCGGGAUUUUGAGUGAGAUUGAAGCUAUCUUACCUACUUUAAGGUCAGCUGAGUAUUACAUGAGACCCUGUUUGAACGAAUUGGCUACCUGGGAACUUGAGGACCCUGGUUAUUGUAGCCGAGUUUUGGACUUCACAGUUGGGAGGGUGGGUUAUGGAUCGGUCAAGUUUCUUGGGAAGACUGACAUUAGAUGGUUGGAUCUAGAUGACAUUUUGAAGUUCCAUAGGCAUGAGAUAGUUGUUUAUGAAGAUGAAAAUGCUAAGCCUGGAGUUGGACAGGGACUUAACAAGGCUGCUGAAGUGACUUUGGUGCUACAAGUGAGAUCUCUGGGUUUUGAAGAGGGAAAACUAGAGAUGAUCGUGGAAAAAUUAAGAAUCAUUGCAGAAAGACAGGGGGCUUGCUUCAUUUCGUUUGACCCAGCAAAUGGUGAAUGGAAAUUCUUGGUUCAACAUUUCAGCAGAUUUGGUUUGAAUGAAGAUGAUGAGGAAGAUAUUGUAAUGGAUGAUGCAACUGUAAUUCAGAAUCCCAUGGGUAUGAAUGGUGGUGAGGCUCCUGAUAUUGAUGAAGAAACAGGCAUGGGAGCCACUAGUGUUGUGCUCUCUCACUCUCUUCCUGCCCAUCUUGGGCUUGACCCUGUAAGAAUGAGAGAGAUGCAAAUGUUAAUGUUUACUGAUGAGGAAGAGGAGGCAGAGGAUACCAGUGAAAUACCAGCAUACCAGAAGCCAUCAUUUGGUAAAGAUAGUGUAAGAUCUCCCUUCCGCAACUCUGCUCAAAUGAUGAGCCAUAGAUCUACUCCACCUGUUGCUCGAAAAGCCCCAUUACCGUUGCUCGAGUACGACCAUGGUAAUUUUGAUUCAAACUCUCCUGGAGCCAUUCUAAUGGCCCAACAAAAUAAGGGUCUGUCUCUGAGGCCUUUAAAACCUGAAGGUUCAGGUUUUAAGCUGGACCUCAAGAAAAAAACACCAGUAACUGGAAGCCAUUCUCGCAACAUAGUGGAUGCAGGCUUGUUCAUGGGUAGGUCAUUUCGGGUUGGGUGGGGCCCAAAUGGGAUUCUUGUUCACACAGGGACACCAGUAGGCAGUAACGAUUCUCAUAGGGUGUUAUCAUCUGUCAUCACUUUAGCAAAGGUUGCUACAGAUGAAGUGGUUAGAGAUGAAAAUAACAAGGUCAGAGAAGAACUUGUUGACCUUGCAUUUGAUUCUCCAUUAAAUCUCCACAAGGAGAUAAAUCAGGAAACAAAAGAAGUUGAAGUUGGUUCCUUCAAGCUGAGACUUCGGAAACUUGUCUCAGAUCGCUUAAUGCUUUCAGAGAUUUGUAGGAGUUAUGGAGAUAUUAUUGAGAGGAGGUUGGAAGUUCCUGGGCUAUCUUCCUCUAGUCGUGUGGUUUUGUCUCAUCAAGUAAUGGUGUGGGAAUUGAUAAAAGUUCUUUUUUCUGAUCGGGAAAAUAGUUCACAGUUGAAGUCCUUGGUUGCUGACAAUGAGGAAGACAUGAUGCAGGAUAUGAAAGAAGCUUCUUCAGAUGUAGACAUAGAAGCACUUCCUCUUAUUCGAAGGGCAGAGUUCAGCUUAUGGUUGCAAGAGAGUGUCUGUCCUCGGGUACAAGAUACAAUAAGCUCCUUGAACGAAUCAAGUUAUCUGGAACAUGUAUUCUUACUCUUGACGGGGCGACAGCUUGAUGCAGCUGUGGAGCUCGCUGCUUCUACAGGGGAUGUGAGACUGGCUUGCUUAUUAAGCCAGGCUGGUGGGUCGAUGGUGAAUCGUGCUGAUGUUGCACAGCAACUUGAUCUUUGGAGAAUCAAUAGGCUGGAUUUCAGUUUCAUUGAGGAGGACCGGUUAAGGCUUUAUGAAUUGCUUGCUGGUAAUAUUCAUGGUUCUUUGCAUGGUAUGAAAGUUGAUUGGAAGCGAUUUCUAGGUUUAUUGAUGUGGUAUCAACUACCACCUGACACUUCCUUACCCAUUGUUUUCCACACUUAUCAAGAUCUUGUUGAUGAUGGAAAAGCUCCAUAUCCUGUUCCUGUAUACAUUGAUGAAGGACCAGUAGAAAAGGCUGUUAACUGGAGUACAGAGGAACGUUUUGACUUCUCGUAUUAUCUUAUGCUUCUUCAUGCGAGUGGCGAGGGAGAGUUUGACCUUUUGAAGGCAAUGUUCACUGCAUUAUCUUCAACAAACGAUCCACUUGAUUACCAUAUGAUUUGGCAUCAGCGUGCAGUGUUGGAGGCAAUUGGUGCUAUCACUUCUAAUGAUCUUCAUGUUCUUGACAUGGGACUUGUCUCGCAGCUGUUAUGUCUCGGGAAAUGUCAUUGGGCUAUCUAUGUGAUCCUUCAUAUGCCCUACCGUGAAGAUUUUCCAUAUCUACAUGCAAGUCUCAUUCGAGAAAUCUUGUUCCAGUACUGUGAAUGUUGGAGUUCAGAUGAGUCGCAACGCCAAUUUAUUGAAAACUUAGGGGUUCCAGUCGUGUGGCUUCACGAGGCUAUGGCUAUUUACUGUGGUUACUAUGGAGAUUUCUCAAAGGCACUUGAGAACUUUCUUCAAUGUGCACAUUGGCAAAAAGCUCAUACCAUUUUGAUAACGACAGUUGCUCAUAAAUUGUUCUUGUCAGCCAAACACUCGGAGAUAUGGAGGCUUGCUACUUGUAUGGAGGACCAUAAGUCAGAAAUUGAGAAUUGGGACUUGGGAGCUGGAAUUUAUAUUUCAUUUUAUCUAUUGAGAAGUUCACUGCAAGAAGAUAACAAUGCUAUGAGUGAACUGGAUUCUAUUGAGAGCAAAAAUGCUGCUUGUAGAGACUUUCUGGGUCGGUUAAAUGAGUCUCUAGCAGUUUUUGGUGGUAGAUUACAAGUUGAUGCAAGGGUAGCUUAUUCAAAAAUGGCAGAGGAGAUAUGUGGCUUGCUUCUUUCUGACAUUGGUGAAGGCUCAACAUACGAUAGUCAGUUAAGCUGCUUUGACACUGUUUUUAGAGCUCCGAUCCCUGAAGACCUUCGCUCAAGUUAUUUGCAGGGUGCAGUGUCUGUUUUUACAUGCUUUCUUUCGGAGGUGCCCUCAUAGUAUAUACACCUCUAGUGCAUGAUAUUAUAUAUUCAUGGUCGAUGUUUGAUGUGAAGUUGAGUCUUCUGUUGUAAACUUGCCUCCUCGUUACAUUCUGAAAAGAAAAUUGGGCAAAUGCUCUCUUCGCCUCCCCCCCACCCUCACAAAAAAGGUUGAUAUCUUUUUUCCUCUGACCUUAUAAUCUUUGAUUUGAAAGUCCUAUUAUGUAGCUUUGGUGGAUGGACCUUUGAGAUGCAUCAUGCAUGGAUCAAGGAUUUUUUUGCAUUAAAAGAUGAUUUUACAAAA